GUGUUCAAUUUGGAUAAUCAGCCUCAGAGCACAGUUUCCCUCUACUACGACACUUUCUAUUGGGUUGUUCAAUUUUACGAGGCUCCGGGCAGACAGGGCCCUGAUUACGAGACUAGUUUCCUGCUUUUAAACCCAGUUAUCCUACCCAAAGUGUCUGACUCGGUCGAUUAUCCAGAUAGUCUCAUAGUUGGCGCUCCGGACGAAGUGGUUUGGUCAUACAAGUCUUCGCACUCCACAGACCCGCUGCCUUUCGCCAAUUCGAUUGAUUUAGAAUGGGUCCUUCCCUCUUUCGUCACAAAGUGCGACCUUACUUUUGUGAAAUCCGAAACCAACACCAUAUUUGCGGGGGCUACUAUAAUCGCCGCUAAUCGAAAUAUGAAUGAAAGCAGCGACUACUGGGACCCUGGACACAAAUACUUGCAUGGCUUCCGCAUAGAAAAUUUAACAAGAAAUAAUAUAACAAUACCCCCUGAAAUUGAUUGCCACUUGAAAACUGAAUAUUAUGCGGCACCCGCUAAAUGCGACAGAGUUACAUUCAACUGUGAGGAUGAUUAUUAUGUCCCCAGUGUACCAAUGAGUGCGUUCACUACUACAGUUCACACGUUUCCGUUGGCGCCUCAAAUCCAAAGCGUGGCACAGAACUUUCAGGCGGUUAAUGCUCAAGUCGUUUUGCUCUAUCCCUACUCGCGUACUGGAACCACCGGAGGAUUUUCAGCUGUCUACCAAAGUGUCUUCAAAGUGGUUCUUCUUCAAACUGAGUUCAUGUAA